AUGGUGGGUAAGCUGAAGCGACAAGAUUUCCAUAACUCCGAUACAGUUUCCAUCGUACCCACGAUCGGGCUCGGCUGCGGGAACGAAGUAGAUCGUCGUGGUCGAGCGGAAGACAUUACUGUAACACAGGUUGGGUGCGUGCUGUUGAUAGGACAUAUGCUGUGUAAACCAGAGCCAAGCAAGGGACUUUACCACGACAAACUGUCCCUGGGGGUGAAUGUCGUUGUUCCCACCAGAAUAAGCUCGGUGAUUGUGAAACCAAUCCACGCUGUGAUGAUCACAACCGUAGAUCAUAGUCUGCUCCGUUCUGAUUCAGGACGCACUAGGGGAUCUUCCUUCGGCAAUAUCCGAAGCAUAUACUCUGGUACUGUGUGUCAGGUCGCAGCUGUCAACUUCCGCGGAGUCCAGAUGCUGACAGCAUAUUGCCGACUCGCAAGGACUUUCCUUCUACGAGCCCGGUGA